AUAUUUAAAAAAUGAAUCAGCACGGUUCAUUUUUCGGUUCCCAUUCGGACACAUCGGCGAUAAACAUAAAGAAUUUGGUAACUGAUCUCUUCAGCCAGAUGCGCGACCCGUCACCGGGCGCGCCUAGCCCUAAGGGCUCGACGGGAUCUUUGGCCAGCGGCGCGGUCACCAAGAACGUGGGCUUCCUUCAGCAGAACAAUUCGGAGCACUUACCUUGGACCCCGCCUCUGGCGUUAACCGGAAACUGUAACAGUAAUCUGACCGGUGAAUCUCCCACGACUGUGAAGAGUACCAGUCACGUACCAGUCUUGGCUUCGCUCAGCGCUGAUCUCUCGCCUUCAAACUCUCAUUUCUUCGAGGUCUUGUAUAUCGGCAAAGUUCGGAUAUCGCAGAGGAAGGUACCAGAAACAUUAAUAGAUGAUGCUUUACACAAAUUCGCUUUGUACGAUGCAGAGAAAGCUCUGAGGAGGAGACACAGUCUGCUAUCUUCCACCACGACCUCAAUAGACAGUAAUGAUUCAACCGACAAUCUGUCGGACGAUAAGAAAUCGCAAAAGACAAACGACUUAAGCAAUAGGUUCGCUUCGCCGAGCACAACGCCCCUAGAGCCCCAGAAAUCGCAUAGAUGGAGCAGCGUAGAAACUAUAACGGAAAAACGAAAAGACUCUACACAAAUCGAAGCAGAAUUCGAUCAGUUCACGAAAGAGAGAAUCGAAAUUGUAAAGAAGAGCGCCGAUCUAGUUUUGAAUCUGCCGAAGAACAAUCUGGGCACCGUAAAAGAAGAUGAAGAGAAGAUCGAAGUAGGCAUUAGUAAAGAAGCAACUAGAGCUCCAGAAGACGGAGACGGUGAAACGAAAAGAGAAAGAAAUUUCAAUUUCGACGAGAUUAAAAGGAAACCGGCUUUCGGGAGUGAAGGCGCUAAGAGUCUGCCCGAGAAUAGGCCGUUCUUAAGAGACAGAUCGGCUUCGAUAGGCACAAUUAACAGUAAAACGCCUCUAGCGCAGUUGAUCUGUGAACAGAAUCGCACGAUGCUGUUUCAGGUCGGCCGUUCAGAAUUGCGCCUUAUAAGUCCAGACAGAAAGCAGAUUUUGCUGCACAGGGCGUUCAAGGACGUCGCCAGUUGCGUCUUAGGCCAGAACAAUAAGGACCAUUUCGGAUUCGUUUGCAGAGAAACGAACGAAACGUACGCCUGCUAUGUCUUCAAAUGCGAGAGCGACUCGGUUGCCGGCGAAGUGGUGAACGCCAUCCGACAAGCGUUUGUGGCGCAUGCGGACCUGUUGAAGAAAUCCCGGGAUAAGUCGCCGAACAUGACGUGCGAACAUUGUCCCAUGCUGUGGUACCACCGGCUGUGUCACGAUAUUGAGGGUAUGACGGAGAAAAGAACCCACGCCUUUAUAUUGCGUAGGAUAGAACAGCUACCUGAAGACGAACAGGAUCUCAUCAUCACCAAGUACCAGGGUGGAACCAAUUUGAUUUAUGAGACCAGCGAACACAAUUCGUUCUUGAUGAUGCUCCUCCGAGCCCACUGCGAGGCCAAGCAGCAGAGGCACGUCCACGACACUGCCGAAAACAGAUCUGAGUUCCUGAAUCAAUACCUUGGCGGCAGCACCAUAUUCAUGAAGGCCAAGAGGUCUUUGUCGAGCGGCUUCGAUCAUCUCCUGAAGAGGAAGGCCAGCAGAGAUGAAGGACUCGUUGCUCAAGUCAAAAAGGAUACAUCUCCGGCGCCCACGCCGCUUGCACAGACUCCGACCGACGCGCCGGACACUCCGACACAGGAGCACGGGAAGUCGCUCUCUCGCACCACGAGCCAGGAUGACGAGAACCCCGUCCCGAAGACCAGUCUGCCGUCAGAGGAGAGGGGCGACUCGGAGGGGGCGAAGGGGGACGGGGAUACCGUCACCUCCCCCAUGAUGGACAUUUUCAUGAAAGUAAGCGACUCCCGCGCCGCGGCCUCGGACGGAGCCCCCGGCCCGGACUCCACGUGGCGACAGGCGAUCUACGAGAAGUCCAUCACGCGAACCGACGCACAGGACGGUCAAGCCUCGACCUCAUCAGGUGGCUCCAAGGAGAAACGCAAGCGGUCCCGUCAGGAGCUGAGGCGGCUCUGGGAGAUGGCGAUCGAUCAGACAAUACUGCUGGUUAGGAUGGAGAAAGAGAACAAAAGAUUAAAAGAGAGCGAGGAGUCGUCUGCCGUCCGUCGGAUGAAGCUGGAGUACAGCGAGCUGGGCGCGUGCGAGCCCGGCGCCGCGCUCACGUGGGACCUGCUGCUGGGCGGGGGGCAGCGCGCCGCCGCCGCCGACCGCCACAUGCUCGCGCAGGCCGUCAUGCAGGGCGUACCCCGAGUGUCUCGCGGCGCCAUCUGGUACUUCCUGGCGGAGCAGGCCUGCCUCAGGGCUCCGCCCCCGGACACCAGACAUUGCCCCCUCUACCACACGCCCUACACCACUCUACUGUCGGGCCUCACGAAACAUCAGCACGCUAUCUUAAUUGACUUAGGUCGCACAUUCCCCAAGCACUCGUAUUUCGCAUCAGCCCUCGGUCCCGGCCAGCUGGCUCUCUACAACAUUCUGAAGGCGUACUCCCUGCUCGACCCUGAUGUCGGCUACUGUCAGGGGCUGAGCUUCGUCGCCGGCGUGCUGCUGCUGCACAUGGAGGAGGCGGAGGCGUUCGUUCUGCUAAGACAUCUAAUGUUCAGGAGAGGACUGAGACUGCAAUACCUGCCCGACAUGAGUGCACUCCAAGUACAGUUAUACCAACUGUCUAGACUCUUAAAAGAUCAUGAACCAGAACUUCACGCGAAGUUAGAAGAUCUGGACAUCUCGCCAGCGCUGUACGCGGCACCGUGGAUGCUGACGCUAUUCACGAGUCAGUUCCCGCUUGGGCUGGUCGUUAGAGUCUUUGAUCUGAUAUUCCUGGACUCUCUAAACAUAGUAUUCGCUGUGUCUCUUUCUCUCCUCUCAGUUCAUAAAGUCGGUUUGAUGUUGUGUCAGAGUUGCGAGGAGGCCGCCGAGUAUUUGAAACAUAAAUUACCGGACAUAGACAAACCGAUGUACGAGAAAGUAAUGAAAAAGGUCCUCUCGAUGGACAUAAGCCGUGAGCUGAGCGAGUACGCCGUGGAGUACUCCGUGCUGCGGGAGGAGAUGCCGCGGCUGGCGACCCUCACGCAGCAGAACCGGAAGCUCACGGAGGAGAACAGACGAAUGAGCGAGCAACUGGACUCAGCCAUGGAGGCAAUAGAAAACUAUCAAAAGAGCCAAGCCCGUCUCGAAGCCGCCAACAAGAGCAUCGAGCAACAACUGACGCUGCUGAGCCGGUACGUGAGCGCCCACCAGCGCGCCGACCUGCCCCAGGAAAUCAAGAGGAUCGUCCAGAGCCACAGCAAGAGGCUGUCCUUCGGCUCGAAGAUGUUCUCGUCGAGGACCGCAGAGGAAGAUGAGAGGAGAACUCACAAAGGCAUCAGCACCCCGAAUCUCUUUGCGAAGACGAACAAAGAAGACGUCGCCGAGAAAUAUUCGCCUGAAAACGACAGGAGAAGGUUCACAAUGAAAAAAUCCCUCUCAGUGCAUUCUGGUCUCACGAAAAACCCUCUCAAGGCCUUAGAUGAGAGAAGCGAGAAUGAAAGGAACGGUAAUGACGAAGGUCUAUCGUGUGCGCUUAAAGAGUUGGAUGGGAAGGUGUCUGGUGGUUUAGCGGCUCGCUCGGACCGACAUCCGCAGCCAAGCUCGGAGCUGCCCAGCCAGGAGGAAGCCAGAAGCGGCUCAUACAUCGAUGACCUGCUUUUGUUCCAGAGCAGAAAGUGCAUGUCGUUGAAUUUGAGUCCUAACACAGAGAAGUCCGGUAGCAAAUCGAUUGACAGCGGCUUCGCGACGCCCCUCAGCCCGGACCGGAACAGCGGGCCCGUGUCGCACCCGCUGAGCGAUUGUGACGUUGAAAUAAAAUUCGACGGUCACUCGACCAAGCUGAAACAGAUACGGCCCCUCCGACAGACGGACAAAAGUUAGUCAUCGGUUAUAUGCAGAUUUGUGAACGCGACAACCCUACAAGGGGCUGUGACAACCCUAGCCGGAGACAGAUUUGUAUCUGCAUAAACGGUUUCUUUAUACUUUGUCGGCCUUUUAAUUUUAUUUAGAUCUAUUAUAUAUUUAAAAAAAAUCUUAUCCUCUAUUAGUCAGAUAUAAAAAAAUACAUAACAAUAUAAAUACAAUUUGAGUGUUCUCUUUCUCAUCUGUAUGAAAGGUUCAGUCAUAAAUCGACUUUAUAUGUAUAUGACUUCAAGAAUUAUCGUUUUAAAUGUGUUUAAAGUAAUUAUUAUUGUAGAAAAACAUUUAUUUUGAGGGCAUGCCGUCACACAUGCUACCCCUUACAAGGGACAGCCUUAUGUCGAUAUACUAUUGAGACGACCUCAUGUCUCAACGCAGAAAUUUCUAAUGAAAUCUUCCCUAAAGUUAAUCUAAAAAAAAAUACAUUGCACAAGAAUAUUUGCCUUCUCACUCGCUUCUAUAGUAAAUAAGGGAGACAAAAAAAUAAUUGUUUAUUUAUUAUGAAUUAUUCAAAUCACAUUCAAUUCUGUUUAAUUUAAAUGUAUAACUGAAGCCGAGAGACUAAAGUGUUCUUAGUUGAAUGUUCGCCAUAGAUUAAAUAAAUUAUUGAAAAA